AUGGGUUGGGGACAUUGCGUUCUCCUGGAAUCGGACCCGGACAGCUCCGAUGGUGGCGCGGAUGCUGGCGCUGUUGUUGCUGCGUCUGCUGCGCCACCAGCACUGCCACUGCCGGCGCCAGCAGCACCGCCAGCGCCAACGCCAGCACCAACGCCAGCACCAGCGCCGAAGAGACGAGGGCGCCCGUCAGGCAGCACGUCGGCAUCGAAGGAGGCCCGAGCUUUUUCCGCUCCGGCCGCGCCCCCUGCAAGGAGGCAGAGGACAGCGAGUGGUAGAUUCGCGGCUGCCAGGGCGCCUGUCCUCGCGGCAGUGGCCGCGCCGGAGGCGGACGCGGAGGCCAGCUCAGCGCUGGCGUUCGAUGACCUCGUGGCGCUCAGCCGCGCCGAACACCACAGCGCGAGGCCAGCGCGCCCACAAGUACAGGGACGGGCAGCGCGACAUGCGGAACGAUUUCCGAGACAGGAUAUUGCCGACGGAUCGUCUACCUGA